CUCCCAGGAGCCACUCCCAUGGGCUGCUCUCCAGUGCUGGGCCUGGAAGCACUAGGAACGCUAGGGAUGGGGCAGACCCCCAGAACUCAGGGACGGCAGUGGGUCAGGGAGCUCAUCUGGUCCCACCACCUCGCUUGACACUUGGUGAAACCCAAGCCCUUAGAGCAGGAGCUGGCUAGAGACUAGGCCCUCCCAGAACUGCUAACGUAGGACACUUUCUGUCAUUGGACCCCAGGAGGGGGCUUGGGUGGGGGAUAAUGAAGAGUGGCUUGGCCAGGUGAGGAGGAGGCAGGACAGACACAGGCCACCGGGGUGUGCCCACGUGCCAGCACUGGAGAAGAUUAGGAGCGAGUGGUCCAGCAGGCACAGGGCCCGGCUGGUGUGGGUCAGGGUGCCCAUCACUGACCCGUGAGAACCCGACUGUCCCUUCCACCUCUGGCACUGCACCCUCCCAGCCGGCCCCGCCCUACCACCCCAGGGGGCACCCCUCCCCACCGUGGCCUGGUCCAGCCCCUCCCGCCCUUUGCUCCAGUUCCCGGGCUUGGCACCUAUAGUGGGGGUGCUGCCCGCCUGCCAGGCUCCGGGGCCGGGCCCACGGGAGGGUGGGGCGGCUGGGAAGCUGGCACGCUGCCACGGGGGAGCCUCUCUCGGCAGGCGCCCGGGUGCCGCGGGGGGGAGGGGGGAACAAAGGGCUCAUUCUCCCCCUGCGCAGCCGGUGGCAUCGCCGGGGCGUUGGCGGAAGCCCCCGGGGCCCGGGAGGGGGCAGGCCCAGGCGGGGCCGCCGAAUCACGGACUCCUGUUUCCCGCAGGGUGCUGGAGGAGGAAACCGGCGGAGCAGCUUCCCCACUCCUCAGUUGCGCGUCUGGCGAUGGCGAUCAGAGGUCCUGCUGCGCUCUCUGCCGCGCUCUUUGCCGAGCUCUCCCUCCAUUAGCCGCGCUGCGCUGUGCUGCGCCCUCGCUGGUGCCUCUCUCCUGGGUCUUGGGAUCGGGCCUCCCUCCCAGGCGCGACCCCCUUCCCCUGCCCCUCGGCCUUUCCCCCAACUCUGCCAUCUCCGAUCCGGGGCGCGCGUUCCCCCCGGCCCGGCUCCCUCUCUCCCUCAGGGGGCACCCGCUCCCUAGCCCCGGCCCGGCACUCCCCGCGGCGCAGCACGGAGUCUCGGCGUCCCAUGGCGCAACCCACGGCCUCGGCCCAGAAGCUGGUGCGGCCGAUCCGCGCCGUGUGCCGCAUCCUGCAGAUCCCGGAGUCCGAUCCCUCCAACCUGCGUUCCUAGAGUACCCCCGCCGACCCGGGGGAAAGAGAGAGCUGAGCGGAGAAAGCGGGGGAACGCGCCUUCGCCAGCCGGCCGGUAGGUCCCGGAGCCGGCCCAUGGGGAGCCAGCGCCCGGCGCCGGCCAGGACGCCUGUCACCGCCCUCGCUGCGCCCGGCCGGUGAAGCCCAGGGACCCCUCUGGGAGAGCCCCAUGAGGGCAGGAGAGUGAUGGAGAGUACACCCAGCUUCCUGAAGGACACUCCAGCUUGGCAGAAGACAGCCUCUGAGAAUGGCACCGUGGGACAGGAGCUGGGUACUCUGCCACAGGAUGGCCUGCGCCGUGGGGCGCUGUGCCCGGAAGAGCCUGUUCCCUUCUGGAGGGGUGUCCUGAGCACUCCAGACUCCUGGCUUCCUCCUGGUUUUCCUCAGGGUCCCAAGGACGCACCCCCACUGGUGGAGGGCAAGGGCCCUCAAAACGGGGAGAGGAAGGCCAGCUGGCUGGGCAGCAAGGAGGGGCUGUGUUGGAAGGAAGCGAUGCUUGCCCAUCCACUGGCUUUCUGUGGGCCAGCAUGCCCACCUCGCUAUGGCCCCCUGAUUCCUGAGCAUAGUGGUGGCCAUCCCAAGAGUGACCCUGGAGCCUUCCGGCCCUUGCACUGCCCCUUCCUUUUGGAGACCAAGAUCCUGGAGCGAACUCCUUUCUGGGUGCCCACCUGCUUACCACCUUACCUAGUGUCUGGUCUGCCCCCAGAGCAUCCAUGUGACUGGCCCCUGGCCCCAUACCCUUGGGUGUACUCAGAGGGCCAGCCCAAAGUGCCCUCUGCCUUCAGCCUACGCAGCAAGGGCGUUUACCACAAGGAUCCGAGCAUUCUCAGGCUGGCAAAGGAGCCAUUGGCAUCUGCAGAAGCUGGGUUGUUGGGUUUAGCCUCUGGUGGGCACCUCCAGAGAGCCGGGGAGGUAGAACGCACUUUGCUCCAUCAGAGAGAUGGAGAGAGAGGAGCUAGCAAGUAUCGGAAUCUCUGCCCAGUUUUCCUGGGGCAUCCAGACACUGCUCCCCAGACUCCCUGGCCCGCAUGUCCCCCAGGCCUGGUUCACACUUUUGGAAACAUCUGGGCUGUACCAGGGAGUGGGAACCAGCUGGAACCAACAGCCACAUCAAGGUGCCCCUCUCCUGGGCCUCCUACCACUCAGGUGGGCUGUUGCUCAUCUCACCCACCUGAGAGAGAUGGGAGUCUUGGCCCUUGUGGGAAGUGCCAAGAGGGCCUAGAGGGGAGCACCAGUGGGACAAAUGAAUCCAGUGAUGAAGUGAACAAACCCCCUGGUCCCAGGGCCUGCCUGCCCAGCCACCAUACCAAGCUGAAGAAGACAUGGCUCACACGACACUCUGAGCAGUUUGGGUGCCCAGGUGGCUGCCCUGGGGACGAGGAGAGCCCAGCUGGCCAGCUCCGGGCCCUCAAGAGGGCAGGCAGCCCUGAGGUCCAGGGAGCAGUGGGCAGCCCAGUCCCCAAGCGCCCACCUGACCCUUUCCCAGGCAGCUCGGGGCAGGGGGCCAGAGGUUGGCAGGAGGUGCUGAACUCAUCAGUAGGGAACAAGGUGGAGGCAGAACAGCAUGAUGACCAGAGAGGACCCCGAGAUGGCAGGGCCAGCCUCCAGGACAAGGGGCUUCAGGAUGUACCUUGCCCAGCCCACCCGGCAGGCAUCUCUCAAUGCCAAGGCUGUGCUCAGGCAGCUGGAGAGGUGGGAGGGCUGGCCUGCCACUCCCAGCACACACAGAGAUUGCCUCUGGGAGGGGAGCAGCAGCCAGAGGAGGACUCAGCAGCCAGCUCCAAGGAGGAAGCAGGGUCUGGCCUGGAGGCCCAGCUCAGGAUGGGCCUCGCCAAGCACCUGCUAAGUGGUUUGGGGGACCGACUGUGCCGCCUCCUGCGGAGGGAGCGGGAGGCCCUGGCCUGGGCACAACGGGAAGGCCAGGGGGCAGCCACUACAGAGGAUGACCCAGGUAUUCUGCGCAGCUGCAGCCGUUGCCAACAUGGACUCUUCAACACCCACUGGAGAUGCCCCCACUGCAGCCGUCGGCUGUGUGUUGCCUGUGGUCGCAUGGUGGGCGCUGGGAGGGGCAGGGAGAAAGCAGGCUCUCAGGAGCAGUCCACAGAGGGGUGUGCCCAGGAGGCUGGGCACAGUGCCUGCUCCUUGAUGCUGACCCAGUUUGUCUCUAGCCAGGCUUUGGCAGAACUGAGCACUGCGAUGCACCAGGUCUGGGUCAAGUUUGACAUUCGGGGGCACUGCACCUGCCAAGCUGAUGCCCGGGUGUGGGCCCCUGGAGAUGGGGUCCAGCAGAAGGAGCCAACAGAGAAAACUCCCCCAACUCCACAACCUGCCUGUAAUGGGGAUACCAACAGGACCAAGGACAUCAAAGAGGAGAUCCCAGACUCCACAGAGACCCUGGCAGAGGACCGUGCAGGCCGAGGGCCCCUGCCUUGUCCCUCUCUCUGCGAACUGCUGGCCUCCACUGCUGUCAAACUCUGCUUGGGUCAUGAUCGGAUACACAUGGCCUUUGCCCCUGUCACUCCGGCCCUGCCCAGUGAUGACCGUAUCACCAACAUCCUGGACAGCAUCAUUGCACAAGUAGUGGAGAGGAAGAUCCAGGAGAAAGCCCUGGGGCCAGGGCUGCGGGCUGGGCCAGGCCUGCGCAAGGGCCUGGGCCUGCCCCUCUCGCCAGUACGGCCCAGGCUGCCUCCCUCUGGGGCUUUGCUGUGGCUUCAGGAGCCCAGGCCUCGGCGCGGCUUCUACCUCUUCCAGGAGCACUGGAGGCAGGGCCAGCCCGUGUUGGUGUCAGGGAUUCAGAGGACAUUGCAAGGCAACCUUUGGGGAAUGGAAGCUCUUGGGGCACUUGGAGGACAAGUGCAGGCGCUGACACCCCUCGGAUCUCCCCAGCCCACAAGCCUGGGCAGCACAACAUUCUGGGAGGGAUUCUUCCGGCCUGAGAUUCGCCCAAAGUCAGAUGAGGGAUCUAUCCUCCUGUUACACAGAGCUCUGGGGGAGGAGGACGCCAGCAGGGUGGAGAACCUGGCUGCCAGCCUGCCACUCCCAGAGUACUGUGCCCGCCAUGGGAAACUCAACCUGGCUUCCUACCUCCCGCCGGGCCCUGCCCUGCGUCCACUGGAGCCCCAGAUCUGGGCAGCCUAUGGUGUGAGCCCAGACCGUGGACAUCUGGGGACCAAGAACCUAUCUGUGGAGGUGACUGACCUGGUCAGUAUCCUGGUACAUGCUGAAGCACCACUGCCGGCCUGGCACCGGGCACAGAAAGACUUCCUCUCAGGCCUGGAUGGGGAGGGGCUCUGGUCUCCAGGCAGCCAGGUCAGCAUCGUGUGGCACGUGUUCCGAGCACAGGACACCCAACGCAUCCGCCGCUUUCUCCAGAUGGUGUGCCCUACUGGGGCAGGCACCCUGGAACCCGGCAUCCCGGGCAGCUGCUACCUGGAUGCAGGGCUGCGGCGGCGCCUGCGGGAGGAGUGGGGUGUGAGCUGCUGGACCCUGCUGCAGGCCCCUGGAGAGGCAGUGCUUGUGCCUGCAGGGGCUCCCCACCAGGUGCAGGGCCUGGUCAGUGCAAUCAGUGUCACUCAGCACUUCCUGUCCCCUGAGACGUCGGCUCUCUCUGCUCAGCUGUGCCACCAGGGACCCAGCCUGUCCCCUGACCACCGCCUGCUUUAUGCCCAGAUGGACUGGGCCGUGUUCCAAGCAGUGAAGGUGGCUGUGGGAACAUUACAAGAGGCUAAAUAGGGGGAUCCCAGGUGUCUGGGGACAGGGGUGAGGAACAGGUAGACCAGGUGCUCAGCCAGGCACAGCUUCAGCAGAGAGAGAUGCUCGGGGAUUUGGAGACUUUUGGUCA